UGCUAUAGGUUAUCAGUCUCGAUUGUAUCCUUUUGCAAGUUUCGUCGCUAUGAUAUAUGUACAGUCGAAUCAAGUAGACCCUUUUCUACAUAGCGCAAACUUUUCAAGCAACACACUGCUAAUAAAUAAAUAAAUAAACGUUUUUGCAUCAAUCAUCAUUUGGCUGAGAAUUGAACCAAAAAAAACUUAUAUAGUCCAUAAACAUGAAGUACUCAAGUAGUAAAGGCUAAAGAAGUAAAGACAAUAUAUUGCAAGGAGAGGUGAAUCGAACCAAAAAAAACUUACAAGCCUAGAAAUUUAAGUGCAACAAUUUCUCCAUUAAUGGCGCUUUACUCUUCCCUCCACUUUUCAACUAACUUGAUCAAUACUCCCGCCAAAUUUCUAACAUUCAACCAUCUUAUCUUGCGCCCCUCUUCUCUUAUCCUGCGCCCUCACCGCCGUCGAAUUCAGUCUCUCUCCUCAAUUCUCACACUCCGAGCAAACCCGCCUCGGAAAUACGUGUAUCCUGACCCAAUUCCAGAAUUUUCAGAAGCUGAAACCCAGAAGUUCAAAAUUGAAUUAAAGAAGACAUUGUUGAAAGAUGAAGAUGCAUUUGGGGACGAACUCGACCGGAUUGUCGAUGUUUGCGCCAAGAUACUGCAUGAAUUUUUGAACAAAGAAUAUGGAGGGCCAGGAACAUUAUUGGUGGAGCCUUUUACAGACAUGCUAAUUGCUCUAAAGGACAAAAAUUUGCCUGCUGCUCCGUUGGCUACUCGAGCUUCUUUGCUAUGGGCUCAAAACUGUAUUGAUCGCGACUGGCGAGCCUGGAACUCAUCAGCUUCCAACAGUCAAGUAAACCAUCAUUUCUAAUUUUAGUACCUUUUUACAUCUGAAAAUUAUAGAUUGAUCCUUGAACAACAUU